UCUUGCCAACCCCAUUCGCACUUCGCCGCCCUUUCUUUCACACCCAGCGCCGCCGCCGCCGCCGCUUUCUGGUUACCAGUGAUCGAUGCGCCUUCGAUGAUGGCGGCAUCUCAUUUGGUGAGCGCUGCCCAGUGGAUCGCAGGAGUCAUCACGGAGAAGGUCAUCGCCAGCAAGCUCAAGGAAUGGGUUUCCCAGUUCUCCGGCCUCGGCGGCGAUAUCGACGGUCUCAAGGCGCAGAUGAGCUUCGUCGAGACGGUGCUAAGCAUGGCCCAGGGGAGGCGGAUCCGGAACGCUCAUCUGACCAGCCUCCUCUCCAGUCUGCACCAGCUGCUGUACGAUGCCGACGACGCCCUCGACGAGAUCGACUACCACCGCAUCCAUCAGGAUGCGCAAAGGCGAGACCAGGUCACCAGCGUCAGCACGCCGUCGACGGUGGCCACGGCCGUACUGCAUCUGCUGAGCGCUGUGGUGAGCCACCAACCGUUGGCCUCCCCCACGUUCAGGGGCAUGUUCAUGUACCCCGGGCCUUGGGGCCGGAGGAAGCGGAGAAAGCUCGCGCACCUACCAGCUUGUGAUGCCAAUGCCUCGGGCCAGCCUGGGUUGGAGCUUGACCGGAGCGCUCUUGGGCGGCGGAUCAGAGAGGCCACAUCACAGCUGCGAGAUGUCAGCGAGCAGGUGCGCAAGGCGCUGCAGCUAGAGGAACUGGAGUCUAUCAGCCUGGCGGCUCACAGCCUGCCUGACAAUCCACGAUUAACGACCUCGUACCCCGCCGGAGAGCACAAGAUGUUCGGCAGAAAUGGCCAGAAGGACAGUAUCAUUGAGGUGCUCACCGACAUUAGAUGCUCCAGCCAGAGUAGGCUGCUGGUGCUCCCUGUCGUCGGCAAUGGCGGCAUAGGAAAGACUACUUUGCUGCAGCACGUGUACCAUGACCAGAGGGUCCGGUCCUUCUUCGACAUCAGGAUGUGGAUCUGUGUAUCCCACUGCCAUAACUUCAGCGUCCUGCGGCUGACGCGCGAGAUGCUGGAGGCCGCCACCGGUAAGAAACAGAACAGGGGAAGCAAAAACUUAGACAGCCUUCAAAAGAAUCUAGUUGAACGGUUGCAGGGGAAGAGGUUUCUCGUUGUCUUCGAUGACCUUUGGACUGUCGACGAGAAAAAAUGGGAAUUGCUAUUGGCACCAUUCAAUCAUAUCAAGGCCUCCACCAAUUGUACCAUCUUGGUGACCACCCGAGACCGCCGCGUCUCAGAGCUGAUCAGCCCAAUACCAGCGAUCAAUUUGAGUGGUCUGGACGGAGAAGCAUUCUGGGAUUGUUUUAGAGCUUACAUAUUUGAUGACGAAAAGCAUGACGGGCAUCAUCAUUUACAGCCCAUUGGAAGAGAAAUUGCCAGCAAAUUAAACGGUUAUCCAUUGGCAGCGAAAAGUGUAGGGGCGUUACUGAGGAAGGACCUGAGCAUUGAACAUUGGAGCAGAAUAUUAGAGAGCAGAGCAUGGGAAGAACAGAAUGGAACUGAUGGCAUCAUGUCUAUUCUAAGGCUUAGUUACGAGUACCUUCCAUUUCAUCUCCAGAGGUGCUUCUCCUAUUGCUCGUUGUUUCCAAAGGGCUAUCGGUUUCUUGAGAAAGAUCUGGUGCUUAUUUGGAAUUCACAAGGUUUCAUUGAAACUAAGUUUGAUAGGAAGCCAGAGGAAGUUGGUCAUGGAUAUAUGUACCAGUUGGUGAGUUUGGGAUUCUUUCAGAAGGAGGUCGAUCCAGAAAAUUGUGAGACAUGGUACCUUAUGCAUGAUAUAAUACAUGAUUUGGCAAUUAAUGUCUCUUCCAAAUUUUGCUUGACAAUCGAUCGUAUCUCCACGUUCAAUAUGCACCCAUCAGCGACCAUUCGUCAUAUGUCCAUAAUUACAGAGUCUAUGUAUCAUGAGGAAAUAUCCAGUAAUGUGGCACGCAACGAGGACAUCGAAAAGGUAGUAAUCAAGAUAGCCAGCUUGCUACAGAAGAAAUACCUGAGGUCCUUGAUGCUGUUUGGCAGAUAUGAUUCCAACUUCGCUCAUGUUUUCAAGAUGGCCUUUAGAGAAGCAACAAAUAUGCGCUCAAUAAUAAUGUCCAUGAUGCCCUAUCAUGAACAUGAAGGCUCUCUGCUGUAUGACAUAGGCCAGUGCAUUCAUCUCCGCUACAUAAAAUUCAUUUCUUAUGAUCAUGUGCAACUCCCAGAAGCCUUGAGUAGACUCUACCAUUUGCAAGUGCUGGAUGUAGGAGGAGCCACUGGUGAUCUGACAAGAAGUGUCUCUAGUGGAUACACUGAAGCAGCAACUCCACCAUGGUUGGCAAAACAUAUGUUUCUUACUUCUCUGAGAUGUCUCUAUCUCGAUAACUGCAAGGGAUGCAAAAAUCUUCCAGCAUUUUCGCUGUUUCCGGCACUUAAGAAACUGCAUUUGAUCGGCUUGCCUGAUAUUACACAGCUGCAAACUGCUUCAUUAGAGGAAGUGAUAUUAUCUGAUAUGCUAAAACUACAGAAAUGGAGUGUUUCUGAAAAGCACCAGCUAAUAGAUGAUCUACAGGUACUCGAAAUCUGCAACUGCCCCAUACUGAUAGAGUUGCCUUUACCACCUACAUGCAACUCGGAUAUAGCAAAUUACCGCCAACUCCAAAGUGCGGUGAUUAAGAAUUGCCCUUGCCUGAUGGGAUUACCACCGCUUCCUCUCGGUCCCAAAACUAAGCUGAUGGUUGAGGAUGUACGGACAUUUCCAUGUAGUCUCAUGUCCUAUAGUGCAGAUACGAAUCCAAGCUUGCUCUUAGUGGGGAAGGAUCAGCUGAGAGUUCUUGAUGGAAAGGUUACGUCAUUUCAAAAUCUAGUUUCUUUGCAGGAGCUCUCCAUUGAUACAUGUCCAAGCCUUACAACCAUCUCAUGGCAAGGAUUCCGCCAAUUUUGCAUAUUGAAGGAUCUGACAAUAUAUCGCUGCCCGAACCUACUCUCAGUGCCAAUGACAGAAACAGAGCGAAUGCUUGCUAAGGGACUUCUUCCAUCACUCCAGAGGCUCGAAAUCUGGUCAUGUGGUAUCACUGGAAAAAAUCUAUCUUGCUUAUUGUCAAAUGCACCAAAUCUGUCCUUCCUGAAGCUGAAAGAGUGUUCGCGGAUCAAAAGGUUAACCGUGCACCAACUGGCAGAUCAAGGCAGCUCAAUUUUGCUACCUGAUGGUGUAGCAGCUGAUGGUUUAUUGCAGAUCCAACCUCAUUCUGUGUCAUCACUCCAAGAGUUAUGCUUUGACAGCUGCCCAACAAUAUGUCAAAAUGGGGAGGGUCUCCGAGGACUCAUCACACUAAAAAAAUUGGAGAUAUAUGACUGCCCAAGGUUUCUUUCCUACUUAGUGUUUCAAAAUGAAGAUAUGCAUCAUGUUGAAGGUUCAUGUCUCCUUCCAUCAUCACUCCAAGUGCUCAAGAUAACCAAAGCAGAGUGGAAGUCAAUGUCCCUCAAUGGACUCACUGCCAUGGAGAAUUUAUCCAUUUGCCACAGCAAACUAGAAGCUCUUGACUUGGAAUCCUCCAAAGAAUUGAAGUACAUUCAGGUUCUUGGAUGUACAGAACUUACCUCCGUGCAAGGUCUGCAAUCUUGUGUUGAGCUCAAAAAGUUGGAGGUAAUCUACACUCCUGGGUUUUGGAGAGCUUGGGAUCUUGAGCUGCAAAGAGAGGGAGAAAGCACCGAAUUACUGUUUCCAGUGGAAGUCAUCCACACGAGCGAUAGUUCAAUACUUAGAUUGUCAAUAUGCAAGCACCUCAAUCACCUUAGGAGGUUAGAGUUUCGUUGCCUUUCCGAUAAACUGGAAACGGAGCAAGAGAAAGCACUUGAACAGCUCAUCUCUCUCAAUGAACUCCAAUUCUCCGAUUGUGAAUAUCGCUUCUCUGUACCAGAAGAACUACAUCAGCUUACAUACCUCAAGAAGUUAGAGCUGAUAAACUGUUCGACUAUUUCCUCAUUUUCAGAGAGAGGCCUGCCGCCUGGCUUGGAACAUUUGGUAAUUGUUGAUUGCAAGUAUCUCGAGUCAUUACCUGCUGGAAUGUAUGGACAUUCCUUUCUGAAGAAAUUGGAGAUAAAGUCCUGUCCACGAAUUCGGUCACUGCCAAGAGCAGGCUUGCCAGCUUCCCUUCAAGAGCUGAGGUUUGAAAAAUGCAGCAGUAAGCUGCAGCAGCAACUCCAAAGGAUGAAUAAAGCUGACAUGGUUAUAGUAUGGUCAUGAGAAGAUUUCUGUGGCAGAGAAGAUAGUAGAGCUUUUAAUUCCUCAAAGCCAUGAAGACAUUGAGCUCUUACCCUUAAGGCUGUUUUCAAGGGAGCAUAUUGGCUACGAUUUUCGUCUCUGUUGCAGCGUGAGAAUACAAAGGAGACCGUCCGUUUGGCAGGCGUUGGAAGUGGUCGCCUUGGAUAUCUUUGCUAAUAAUGAAUGGAGAAACAAUAAUAAACUUUGCUUUUAAUUUACUCCUAUCGUUUGCGUACUAUUUUCCUUUCUUAUUUGUGAUCAGCUUGAAAGCUGUGAAUUAUGUAAAAAUUUAGCUGUGUGUGGUCGUAGAGAUCGGAGACUAUUCCAUUUUCUAAAAAACCAAUGACAUGAACUCCAAUGGACCGACUA